AUGCCUGGUGUACUCACCCGCAAGACGCGCACUCCGCGCGGCAAGCUGGCUUCGACCACCUCGACGGCAACUGCUACCAAAUUCACCAAGGUCUCGAAGCAACAAGAGUCUGGGAAAGAAGCACGCACUACCACACCCUUCACAACGCGGAGCGCCAAUAUCGAGAUUGUCCUGACAUCAAGAAAGAGGAAGGACCAUGACGAUGUCGAGUCUACAUCGAAAAAGGCCCGGCGGGUAUUCGAGUCCGAAUCAAGAAUCCCGGAAUCAUCCAUCGCGCCUGCCACUCCCAUCUCAAAGAAGCGCAAGAGCGUAAGGUUCUCAGAACCCGAAGCCGUCCCGAGCACGCCGAGUCGCGCAGCACCUACCCCUUCAUCAAACCGAAAGCGUCAACGCGAAUCAGAUGAAACCAGCCAAGCCGAGGAACUACUCGAGCGUCUCAACAUACAAUCAUCGCCGGUCGUCAAGCGGAGCAAAACAACAGUUCACCGUCGCGCUCCCAGAAAUGACUUCGACCUGCCUAAGGAGCUCCUCGAUCUCCUGGAUCUGCAUUCGGCCUUCCUCAAGACGCUCAGCUUGCAGCCAGACAGCACAUCAGCGUCACCCAUUGAUCUGAACACCCUCUAUACGGAUGUGACGCGGGCCUGGGGCAAGCGGCAUGUCGGCCUCGUGGAUAUUCAACGGUGCGUCGGCGUGCUCGCCUGGACACCAGUCAAGAGCGACAGCGCGGCACCCAGAGCCCCCUAUUUCCUGACCGACUAUGGGCGCGACAAGAUCUGCAUUGAAUUUUACCCCGGCGCCGAGCGCAACCCGCUGCACCAGCACAAGCUCAAGAUGGACUUCGAAGCCAACCUGCGCACCCUCUGGCUAAGCCGGCGCGACGACAUCCCCGCCACCAUCUUCAUCGGCACCCUCCCCAAGGCCGCGCUCAAGCCGUGCGCGUUGAGCAUUCUGGCCCCCAAGACCCAAACAACGCUUGACGCCUUCAAGCAGAGCAUCACCGAGCAAAAGCAAAAAGACCAAGCUGCCAAAGCGGCCCUCCUUUCCCAAACCACUCCCCCGGGAGGAGCAGGAGGACAAGCCCCCAAACUCUCCCUCCUCGACCGCAUCCGCCUCAAGGAGACGCUCAUGGCGCAAUCGCCCAGCACGGAGCUCAGCGCGGCCGAGGUGCAGCGGCGCAGCGCCCUGCAGCGCGCGGCGGACGUGGCGGCCGUCGUCGGCAUGCUGUGCAAGGCGACGGUGGCCGCGGGGUCGGGCCAGGUGCGCGUGUCCUUCACCAUGGCGGCGCUCAUGGGCCGGCUCAAGGACUCGAUGCGCACGCCUGUCUCCCAGGAGGACGGCAUGGUCUGCGUGCGGCUGCUGGCGACGGAGGUGGCGCCGCAGUGGCUGCGCGUGGUCAAGAUUGGGGGGAGGGAGAACGUGAUUUGCAUGAUGGGGUUGCAGCCGACGAAGGCGGAGGUGGAGGAGCGGGUGAAGGUUCUGUUGGGAUUGGGUUUUAUAUAUUAA